UCCGGAGGAGAAGGCGAUGCGACGACUAUCUCUUUGACCAAGACAACCGGCUGGCCGGACAAAGUGAAGACCCGUGGAAGAUUAGAGGACACACAGCUGUACAGUCAAACCACACCGUGGUUAUCUGACACGCACUCCGCGACUGUUUUAUUUUCUCCAGUCGUUUUCCUUUUCCUUAAAAUAGGCAUCAUCCUCAUCACACGGCUACCUGUCAGAGCAAUCUGGCACGUAGGUUGGUAACGCUGCGAAUUGCGGGACAUGGCGAUGACUCUCGAGGAUGAGCUGACAGCAGCGGCAGCGAGGGGAAACACGGCAGAUGUGGAGGAGCUCCUGCGGAAAGGAGCUCAAGUUAACGGGCACAACCGCUUCGGACGAUCCGCUCUGCAGGUGAUGAUGAUGGGCAGCACGCCGGUGGCCCGGCUCCUCCUGACGCACGGAGCUAAUCCAAACGUGGCGGACAGAGACACCGGGCACACCCCGCUGCACGACGCGGCCAGGGCGGGCUUCCUGGACACCGUGAGGCUGCUGGUGGACUUCAGGGCAAACCCGCAAGCCAGGGACAAUGAUAACCGCCGGCCGAGGGAUUUGGCCAAUAAACACGGCCAUAUGGAUGUGACUGAUUUCCUGGAUUCUCUGGAGUAAUCCCCGUGAUGCUUUAAAACUCCUGCUGCUUGUUCUGAAUGCGGACUCAGGGCGCGGAGAAACGGGGCCUGGAGAGGCCUGCUGCCUCAAUUAUGCACACAAGACUGUUUUGCUGUAAAAACAGCUUUAUUUAUUAGUCCGACUUUUUUAGAAAUAGGGGCCUUUAUUUUAUCGCAAACGAAAUAUAGGCUUUGUAUGCGCGCAAGGUCGCUUUUAAACAAGUAAGAUUUUUUUGUGGUCUUAACUCGAGCCCAAUCACGGAGAAUUUCGGACAAGCUAGCAAGGAAUCAUUAGAUUUGUAAAGUCAAAAAUCUAUUAGUUGCUUUUUCAGACACGGGUAAUAUCUGUGUCAAAUAUGCUCAAUAGCCAUGAAAAAUGUCUUGCACUUUUGUAUAUUGAUGUCCGAACCGAUGCACUUUUUUCCCUCAGUAUUGUCUUUCUCCUGCAGGGGCUUGAAGUCCUUUAUCUUUUUUGUAUAUGAUUUUCAAAUCUGAGGUUUAAAAAUCAUUUAAUGUAAUUUAUCUAAGCGUCAGAUAAGGCGUUUUAGUAAUAUAAUUGUUCCUCACAUCAGCUACUGAUUGAAGGAUGAAUUACUGAU